CUUAUUAAAACCCCCCAAAUUCCCCCUUCUCUCUAUAGCAAUUACAGAACUCUCUGUUUUUACUGUCAACUUCACAUAUCCACCGGCGACGGCGGCGGCGGCGGCGAUGACGGCUGUUCCGACUACUUCCCUCAACUAACCGCCGGGUUCCUCUUCCCCUUCCUGAAACUGUUUCGGAGCUGUACGAGUUUCUUCUCUCAGUGUUCGUUACCGCAUUCUUUUUAGUCUGAAGAAUCUUCGCUCUGCAACUCUUUAACGGCUCUCUGCUUUUUCUCUUCGACAAUCUUCGUAAACUCCGACCGAUAUUUCUUUUAAUGUGCUCUUGCUGCGCCUUGGAUUUGGUUUUUCUUCGUUUCUCUACGUUUUGAAGAGUCCUUUUCGUUUUCCGUUUCUGGCUUCUGAGAUUUUUCUUGUAUUUCUGUGGUGUAUAGCGAACUAGCUUAGUUUCUAGUUAAUUUAUUCUCAGUUUGCGCCAUUUUUGAGUUUUUUUUAUCAGAGGAAUUUCUCCGAGGUCUCUGUAAUUGUGGUGUUUAUUUAUUUGGUAUCAGUAUCUUCCAUCUAUGGCUUUUUUGUGCUGGCUUUGUGUUUGAAGUUAGUGGACUGUGCGAGCAUUGUUGAAGAUGAAACGGCUGCUUGAGCUCAUUGUGUUGUUCGUUUUGGCUCCACUCUGUGCGAGAUGUCUAAACCUAUCUUUAAACGACGACGUUUUGGGCCUGAUAGUGUUUAAAGCUGCUGUUGAAGAUCCAAAGCAGAACCUCGCGACCUGGGACGAAGAUGACGAUAGUCCCUGCAACUGGACUGGUGUUCAAUGCAGUCCCAGAUCCAAACGGGUUGUCGAGCUCAACCUCGACGGAUUCUCUCUCUCGGGUCGGCUCGGUCGAGGGCUUUUCCAGUUGGAGUUUCUGCAGAGAUUGUCGUUAUCAAAGAACAAUCUCAGUGGAAAUUUAAGCCCCAAUUUUGCUCGAGUGGAUAAUCUUCAGGUGAUUGAUUUGAGCGGGAAUAAUUUGUCUGGAACUGUUCCAGAUGAUUUUUUCCGUCAAUGUGGGUCUUUGAGAGUUGUUUCUUUGGCCAACAACAAAUUUGAUGGGAAAAUUCCUGAUAGUUUGAGCUCGUGUGGGAGUCUUAUUGCUGUUAACUUGUCCUCGAAUCAGUUUUCGGGUCCUUUGCCCUCUGGGGUUUUGUCUCUCAGUGGGCUUCGAUCAUUGGACUUGUCUGAUAAUGCUCUGGUGGGUGAAAUUCCAAAGGUAAUUGAGAAUUUAUAUAACCUGCGGACUCUUAACUUGAGGAAGAAUCAAUUUUCUUCACAGAUUCCUGAUGGUAUUGGCAGCUGCUUGCUUCUGAGGUCCAUUGAUCUUAGUGAGAAUUCAUUCUCUGGGAACCUUCCUCAGACUAUGCAGAAACUUGUUCUUUGUAGUGAUCUGAUUUUGAGCAGGAAUUUGUUCGAAGGAAAUAUUCCAGAGUGGAUAGGAGAAAUGAAAAGCCUUGAAACUCUGGACUUUUCCGGGAACAAUUUCACAGGUCAUAUUCCAACUACAAUGGGGAAUCUUCAAUAUCUAAAAGUAUUAAAUCUCUCUUCAAAUGCCUUUACUGAUAGCUUUCCAGAGUCUGCGAUGAAAUGCCAAAACCUUCUGGCACUAGAUAUCAGUCAUAAUUUCAUCAUGGGUAAUCUUCCAGCGAUUGGAAGUUUAGCCAAGCUGCAGUUUCUGAACCUGUCCGGGAAUUCUUUUGUUGGACCUAUUCCAGAAACUAUUGGAGAUCUUAAAGCUUUGAGCGUUCUCGAUUUGAGCAGAAAUCGUCUGAAUGAAAGCAUUCCCAAAGCGAUUGGAGGAGCUGUGUCCCUAAUGGAACUGAAGCUGGAUGAAAAUUUUCUAGGGGGUGAACUUCCCUCUUCAAUUGGUCACUGUUCUUUCCUUACAACUUUGUUCACAUCACACAAUAACUUAACUGGCCCGAUACCUGCAGAGUUAGCUAAACUCUCUUAUCUCCGAAAUGUCGACUUAUCCUUUAACAACCUCAAUGGAACUCUUCCAAAGCAGUUGUCUAAUCUUCCAAACCUUCUUUUGUUCAAUAUUUCUCAUAACGACCUCAAGGGUGAGCUGCCUGGUGGUGUAUUCUUUAACACCAUCUCCCCUUCAUCCGUAGCUGGAAAUCCAUCCCUUUGUGGCUCUGUCGUUAAUAAGUCUUGCCCUUCUGUUCUUCCAAAACCUAUUGUGCUCGAUCCCAACUCCACUUCAGAUUCCAUUUCCAGCUCACUGCCUCCAAGUACUAAUCUCAGAAGAAAUAGAAAUAUCCUCAGCAUUUCUGCACUGGUUGCCAUUGGCGCCGCUGCUUUCAUCAUCAUAGGCAUCAUAUUGAUCACCAUCCUCAACAGUCGUGUUCAACCGCCCACGUCUUCUUUGUCUGCAGCUGCACUUGCAUUAUCCAUAGGGGAUGAUUUCAGUCAUUCCUCCAGCCCUGAUGCGAAUUCGGGAAAGCUUGUGGUGUUGUCAGGAGAGCUUGACUUUAGCGCAGGAGCACAUGCCCUGCUGAACAAGGAUUGUGAGCUCGGGUGCGGUGGGUUUGGAGCAGUUUACCAUACCGUUCUGCGGGAUGGACACUCUGUUGCAAUCAAGAAGCUCACAGUUUCUAGCCUCGUCAAGUCCCAAGAAGAUUUCGAGAGGGAAGUUAGGAAGUUUGGGAAUGUCAGGCACCAAAAUCUGGUGACACUCGAAGGCUAUUAUUGGACUCCGUCACUACAGCUUCUUAUAUACGAAUAUGUCUCUGGAGGUAGCUUGUAUGGACUGCUACAUGAAGCAUUGGAUGACAAUGUCCUGCCAUGGAAUGAGAGGUUCAACAUAAUUCUCGGCACAGCAAAAGGACUGGCUCACCUGCAUCAAUCAAACACUAUCCACUAUAACAUAAAAUCCAGCAAUAUUCUUAUUGAUUGCAAUGGUCAACCUAAGGUGGGAGACUAUGGUCUAGCAAGAUUGCUGCCAAUGUUAGACCGUUAUGUUUUAAGCAGCAAGAUCCAGAGUGCGCUCGGUUACAUGGCACCAGAGUUCGCUUGCAGGACAGUGAAAAUAACUGAAAAAUGCGACAUGUACGCCUUUGGUAUCUUGAUUCUGGAGAUAGUUACAGGAAAGAGGCCUGUCGAGUACAUGGAAGACGACGUAGCAGUCCUCUGUGACAUGGUCAGGGUAGCAGUGGACGAAGGAAGAGCUGAAGAAUGCAUCGACAGUAAGCUGAGGGGGAAUUUCCCAGCCGCAGAGGCCGUUCCCGUAUUGAAAUUAGGCUUGAUCUGCACCUCCCAUGUGCCAUCAAACCGACCCGAAAUGAGAGAAAUGGUCAAGAUACUGGAGAUGAUCAAAUGCCCAUCAGAAUUACAAGAGUUGGGAUAAACUCAACCAAGGAAACAAGAGUAGAUUAACCCGGGAUUUGCUUGGAUCCAGUAGUUUUUGGCAUACUGUACUUUUUUCCUUCUUACUGUAAUUUAUUUUCCUUGAGAAGUCACAGGAUUCAGCCAUUUUUACUUGGAUUACUUUGAUUUACUCUCAGCCUGAUUAUGAUCUGCAUUUUUCUAUGAUAAAAGCUGAGGAGGCAACAUCAUCAGAUUCUCUCA